AUGGAAGAUACUAUUUAAAAAGUAAAAAAUUAUUAUUUAUUUUAUGAAAUAAAUAUAAUAAAUUAAUAUUAUAGGUUUAAGCCUUUGUAUGUAACCCAGAAGUAAAAGAAGGAUUACAAAAAUAUAUAAUAUACACAGUAAAAGGAGAAGAUUAAAAAGGUGUUUUUGAUAUUUAGAGAAGAUUCAGUGAUUUUUAUCAUUUAAGAAAAUAAUUAGUUGCAAGAUGGCCUUCAUGUUAUAUUCCACCUCUUCCUUCUAAAAAGACUGUAGGAAAUAUGGAUAAUUCCUUUGUUGAAGAUAGAAGAAAUUAAUUAGAAGUAUUUAUAUAAAAAGUUGCUUAAGCUUUGCAUUUAUGGGAAUCAGAUGAACUUUAAAUUUUCAUUAGGUAAUUAUUUUAUUAUAAUUAUAUAUAUGUAUUUAUAAAAAAUAGAAAUACAUAAACUGAUAUAGAGAAAGCUUUUAAAUAAUUACAAACUUAAGGAAAUAAUGAAAUUAUUGAAAAAUAUCAAAAUAGCUUCAAAUACUUAAGUGGUAAAGAAAUAAAUAGUGUUUUAGAAUCUAAAAUUGACACUUUUAAUACUUAUCUUAAAAAAGUUAAUUCUAUGUUAGAAAACUAUAAAGACAUUGCAAAAAAUAUAUAAGCAAGUAGAGAUAGUGAAGGAGAAAAUUUUAUUAGUUUCCUAAGCUUUUUAAUGCCGGAAUAUGAAAAGAAUUGUUUAAUAGAAUAUGUUGGUAAUGAUUAAAAAUUACUGUUUAGUUAGUAAAGUGAUUAACAAUUAUAAAAUUACAUUUAACAAAUAAAAGAUUUACAAUCAAAAAAUAAAUUUAAAUUACUUUAUGAAAUGAUUAGAUAAGAAUCUAAAGAAAUAAAAGCAUUUUUAGAAGCUUUAGAAGGAAGAUAAUAAUAUAAAUAAACAAAAGAAAAAUUAGAAAAUAAAUCAAAAGAUUUAAAACUUGAAUAAUAAAAAACUAUGGCUGGUAAAAGCAGUAUUAAAAACAUUUUCUCUAAUAAAACAAAAGAAUAAAGUGUUUAAGCUAUAUAAAAU